GGCACCGUCAGAAGCAACGUUCCGUGGUUCGGAGUAUCUGUGGUACGACCUGAGUCGGACUGGAGGUGAGCCGAUCGUCAGCACUCAGGACUCCAUCUCCCUCACAUUCAAGACUCGCCAGUCCACAGGCCUGCUCUUCCACACUGGGGAUGGAGACGACUACCUGAACCUGGCACUCAAAGACGGAGGAGUGAUUCUCACUAUGAGUCUUGGAAACGGCAAGCUGGAUGUGCUCAUCAAACCCAUCAGAGUGCGCUUUGAUGACAACCAAUGGCACAAGGUCACCGUACACCGCAGGGUCCAGGAGAUAUCGGCAGUAACCAGCUUUUGCAGAUUAACAGCGGUGGUGGACGGAGUCUACUCUGAACACUCCAACACUGCCGGCACGUUCACCAUGUUAUCCUCCAGUCGAGUGUACGUGGGUGGUAGUGAGAACACCAUCAGCCUCCCCGGCUCCAGGAUAAACUCCAAUUUCUACGGUUGCCUUCGGAAGGUGGAGUUCACUGCUGACACACUGAAAUUGAACUUGGUGGAGUUGGGUCGGACAGGCAGCAAGCUGAUAGCUGUCCAUGGACACGUGGACUUCAUGUGCCAAGAACCGGAGGCGGCAGACCCCAUUACCUUCACCACCCGGGCCUCACAUUUGGUCGUGCCCACCUGGGAUGCUACGAGGACCGGAUCUAUCUCUCUGAAGAUAAGAACUGUGGAGGCGGACGGACUCAUUAUCUACAGCAGUGGACCGAGAUCCUCACAUUUGGCGCAGGCGGACCUGUUUGCGUUGGAGAUGGUGGGGGGACACCUGUACCUGCACCUGGAUCUGGGGUCGGGGGCGGUGAAGGUGAAGGCGACCACGAGGAGGGUGGAUGACGGCAUGUGGCAUGAGGUCAUGCUGAGGCGCAAUGGCAGGGAGGGGCGACUCACAGUCAACGAGAACGCUGCUGACUUCAGCACACCCGGAGAGUCAAAUCAAUUAGAUUUAGAAGGCGGAAUGUACAUCGGAGGCCUGGGACCAACGACCCUUCCACUGCCACCUGCACUAUGGUCAGCUGUACUAAACAUUGGGUAUGUCGGCUGUAUCAGAGACUUCGCCGUCAAUGGAAAGGCUUUAGACAUUGCUGAGUACGCCAGGCAACAGGAUUCCAGUUCUAUCCAGCCUGCCUGUCACUCACUGGGGACUCAGUGCGACUCCCAGCCUUGCAUGAACUCAGGCCUCUGCUCCGAGGGUUGGAACCGUUUCAUCUGCGACUGCUCCGCUACAAACUUCGCCGGCCCUACAUGUGGCAAAGAGGCUACUACGCUAAGCUUCAAUGGAUCUCAGCACAUGGUAGUGAUCCUGCCCCAGGAACUCAGGUCUCAGACUGAGGACGUGACCCUGAGGUUCAGGACGACUCGUCCUCUCGGCUUGCUCUUGGUGACCAGUGCGGAUCAGUCUGCAGACAAACUACAGCUGACAAUAUCUGCUGGUCGCAUCAAACUGACAAUCCGUAUUGGUGAUAAGGAAAAGACGAUGCUCUCUGGACAGGGACUAAACGACAAUCAGUGGCAUACUGUCACCUUCUCGAGAAGAGCAAGCAACCUCAACCUGCAGGUGGAUGAUGAGGCUCCUAUACGAGUGGAGACGGUGCUGGGAAAGCAAAGUACGCUGGAACUCCGGUCUGUCCACGUGGGUGGGAUAUACCACCUGGAAGAGGAAGUGCAGGUGAGCAACGCAGUCCCGAGCUUCGUGGGUUCCAUGCAGCAGUUCAAGUUCAAUGGACAACACUACUUUGAGAUAGCUCGGUCAUCCGGAGCCACACCAGCCCAAAAAGGCCCCAGAUACAACCCAGAGAUCCACGUGACGGCCAACUUCAGCAAGCGAGAUCACCAGCUAGUCCACCAUCCAGUGACCUUCAAGUCAAAACACACCUUCGUGGGGUUACCGGUCCUGAAGGCGUACUCUGCGACCAACAUAUACUUCCAGUUCAAAACGCGAGAGUCCAGUGGCAUCAUUCUGUACAAUGCCGGGAGGGAGCAGGACUUCAUAGCGGUGGAGUUAGUCAGCGGACACUUACAUUACAUCUUCAACUUGGGCGACGGUCCUGUGAGGGUACGGGACAAUGCGAGGGCCAGCCUCAACGACAACAAGUGGCAUACGGUCACUAUUGGCCGCCCUAGUCCCAAGCAGCACACUCUCAUGGUGGACGACACCUUCGCCACGGUCACCAGCUUGGGAAUGAACGAGAAACUAGACUUGGCCGGUAUCCUGUACUUGGGUGGCGUUCCCAAAGAUAUUAGCCCACCUCUUCCCAAACAAAUUCAGUCUCGUCAUGGCUUUGAGGGGUGUCUGGCCAGCCUGGACCUCAAUGGAGAGAGCCCAAAUCUGAUGGUGGACGCUGUAAUACCAAGUUCGCUGGUCUCUGCUGGAUGUGAAGGUCAAAGUACGAAGUGCAGUCACAACGUGUGUGCCAACCGAGGUGUGUGUGUUCAACAGUGGAACUCUUACACAUGUGACUGCGAUAUGACCUCCUACACGGGACCGACGUGUUCUGACGAAUCUAUAGCGUACGAGUUCGGGCCGAACCGAGGCCUCAUCACAUACGUGUUCCCCGAGGAUCGACGACCAGAAAUGAAGAGCGACGUGUUGGCCCUGGGCUUUGUCACCACAAAGGAGGACGCCGUGCUGCUCAGAGUCGACAGUGGGACUUCCAACGAUUACAUGGAGCUGGAAAUUGUGGACGGCAACAUCUACAUGGUGUACAAUAUGGGAACUAACGACCACCCCAUAGGUGAGAACAGUGUGAAGGUGAGCGACAACACUUACCAUGUAGUCAGAUUCACGAGGUCUGGAGCUAACUCGACUAUUCAAGUGGAUGACUACAACGUACAAACUAACCAUCCCAAAGGACACCAACUGAGCGUUUUCAACAGCCAGGCUCAGAUUCAGGUAGGGGGCAAGUGGAACAGAGCCAAACAGAGAGUGGAGAGAGCUUUCGGAGGUGUGAUGGCGGGGCUGGUGCACAACGGUCUGAGGCUCCUAGACCUGGCGGCGGAGAGCGAUCCUCGCACCGAGGUCCGCGGUGACGUCACGCUGCUUACCGGUAUCCGCGACCGUCUACACGAGCCUUUGCAGAGGAUGCAGCAGACGCCACCCUCGGGGUUCCCCGGCAUACAGGACGACCUUGUGUUCUCGGGAGCUGGGUCCGGGUGCAACGCUGAUGAUGAGGACCAGUGUACGCCUGUGUUCGAGACCGGAUCUGGAGACGACCUGAUAACUCCGGUGUACGUACCCCCGACUCGGCCACCGUCCACCACCAAGGGUCCGGGCAAGGCUGCUAGUGGUAAGCCUAUAUGUGAUGACGAGGAUUGCUUUGAGGGGGGUUCUGGCUCCGGAGAGACGACUACCACUGAGGCGGGCAGCUCUGGCGGCCCGGGCCUCUCGUCCUCCAACACAGACGUGACUUCUACUGGUACUGACACUCCUGACACAUCCUCUUCUUCAGGGUCAACCCAGAUAAGCGCCGGGUCCGCAGGGCCGGAGGUGACAUCUGUCACGAGCAAGGGAAGUUCCCACGGACCGCCGUCUACUACAGGCGCCGGCGCCGGCCCAGGCAGCAGUACAGAACAAGGUCAAGGCAGUACCUCCACUACAACAGAACACGUACCUCCACCACCCCCACCGCCUCCACCAUCACCUUCACCCUUCUAUCCCCUGUAUCCUCCCAGAACCAACCGCCCCCACAUCUCGUCACGGGCGGCUGAGAACACGGCCAUCGUCAUCGGCAUCAUAGCCGGGACUAUGAUAGCCAUAAUCAUCAUUAUCCUAUUAGUGUUAAAGUUCAAGAACAGAUCGGAUGGUGUGUACAAAGUGGACGAGACUAAGACGUUCCACGCCUCGCAAGGACAGUCAGCUGCGUUACUGGGCGCCACUCAGUCUCCGCCCACGCCUCAAGCUAUCAACGGCAACAUCAAGAACGGCAACGGGAAAGCCAAGAAGAGAGAGAUCAAAGACAUAAAGGAGUGGUACGUGUAAAAUGUGUUGUGAUCGCGACUGUGUGUCACUCUUUCCUUUAUUUCUCUCUGUUGAACAGUACCAAAAUAAAGCGAAGGACAGACAUGUUGGAAAGCACAAUAUUAAAUAGAUAAGUAUUAUUAAUUGUUAUGAACAUGCGUGUUGUUCAAUUUUAUAAAAGGAAAUAACUGAAAUCGAUGUUUAAUAUUGAUAGUAAAUGUUGUUUAUUUUGAACACUUAUACAAUUCUUGGUUUCUUUUGUUUGUGGUAUUGAAGACUGAAUUUUAAUUAUGUCAAAUAAAGUAGUUUUUAAGGUUGAAAAGAGUUGUUUUCAUAAAAUGUUGUUUCUAUUUUUAACAACAAAGGUGGUAUACUUUCUUUUAUUGAUAUGGAUACACUUACAUGUACAUACACUUUAGAUAAACAAUCAUUUUGUACUUCAACACCUUAGGCUUUUAUUAGACAAAAUAUGCUUACUGUGUUUUAGUUAAACAUGUUAUUGGCAUUAACCACAUUUUGUGACUGUUUCUGAAUUUCUCUUUUGAACUACCCUUUAAUCCUGCGCAACUCACAAAUUAAUAAGGCUUUUACGGACUCCAUGCUUUGGUUUAGAGAAGAGUCCCCAUCCAAUAGAAUGGUAAUUUUAAAGCGACACCUUGAAAAUAUUAUAUGUAUCACAAUAAACUUUAAAGGCAAUAAAAAUUUUAUUUUUUGUAAGUAAUAAAGUAAGGGUUGUUACAGUUUGUAAUAUAAAGUGUAUACAAAUCAACUUUUUUAAAUAUAUUACACUCAUUAGUAAAUAAUGAUUGAGUAUUUGAUGAAGAGUCUUGUUUAAUUUAAUAAAUACUCUCUCCUUUGCUUGGAGGUGCAUUAUAGUUCUUUUGAAAAUAGAAAAAUUAAAUAAAAACAGGGAAUUAUAAAAAGUAUUGAUCUCAACAUGUUUAUUACUUGAUAAGGGCAAUAAAAUUGAUAAUUGUGUUACUAUGCCAUUUAGUGUAAAUAGUCAGAUAAUAAUGUUGUACAGAUGUAAAUUUUUAAAAAAAUCAUUGCCAAUAUUUUUGUUUAAUGCAGCGUUAUUAUAGUUUUACAUUACAUUAUCAUUAUCUAUGUAUAAAACUGUAGGAAGUAUGUUUAUUUGGCAUUCUUGAAUAUACAACAUUUAAAACAAA